UAAUUCCCACCGUGUCCUUUGGUUUUCUCCCUUCGGCUUCAGCUCACUUUCAAAACCCCCAAAAUCUCACGUUCCCUAACAAAAAAACAUUCUCAGUUUCAUCUCCAAAAACAAAACUACAUCUUCUUCAAAUCUCAACGAUGGCGAUUAUUUCUGAUAUUCAAGAAGAAGAAAACAACAAUCGUCAAGAGAUGCAGAAAAAGAAACCCUCGUCUUCUUCUUCAUCAUCAUCUCCUUCUGUUGGAGCUGAUGAUGAGGUUUUGAAAUCGAUUCUUGAUCGAAAAACUCCUAUUGGGGUUUUAGAAACUGCAAUUGAUUUCCUUCAAAGGAAAUCUGAUUUGUUCAAAGAUGAUGAUGUGGAGAAAAAGAUUUCUGCUUUGGUUAAAGCGGCCAAAGAAAAGGAGAAGAAAAAGAAAGCCGAUGAAGAUCAAGUGAAAUCCGAGAAGCGUUUGGCUGAAUCUGUUGCUAGCAAGAAGGCUGCUGUGCCAGAGAAAGCUGCUUCGUCUUCCGAUAGUAAGCCCGAGAAAGAAGAAUCUAAUCGCAGAGUUCCAAAUAAGGGUAAUGGCUUGGAUAUGGACAACUACUCUUGGACACAAUCCCUACAAGAGGUCACAAUUAAUAUACCUGUUCCUGAAGGAACUAAAUCGAAGUUUGUUGCCUGUGAGAUAAAAAAGAACCAUUUGAAGGUUGGGUUGAAGGGGAAGCCUCCAAUUCUAGAUGGGGAUUUCUUCCAAACUGUCAAGGUUGAUGACUGCUUCUGGAGCAUAGAGGAUUCAAAGUUCAUAUCCAUUCUUCUGACUAAGCAGAACCAAAUGGAGUGGUGGAAAUAUCUGGUGAAAGGUGAACCUGAAAUUGAUACACAAAAAGUUGAACCUGAAACCAGCAAGCUCUCUGACUUGGAUCCUGAAACUCGGUCAACUGUGGAGAAAAUGAUGUUCGAUCAGCGUCAGAAAAGCAUGGGUCUCCCAACAAGUGAGGAGACACAGAAGCAAGAAAUGCUGAAGAAAUUUAUGUCUGAGCAUCCUGAGAUGGAUUUCUCUAGAGCAAAAAUAGCUUAGAGGGGUGGCUGGUUUGGAGAAGUCUUCUUUGUGUCGGAAGUGUUGGAGCAUGGUGGCAGUAGUUUGAGUUGUCUGGCUUAAGUGGUGGUACAAGCUUUAGGUUCAAAAUGUGGGAUUCUGCUUAUGUUUUGAGAUAGAAACCUUUCCCUGCCAAAAUUGAGAGGAAUGCUUUACAGAUUCUCCGUAUCAAAAUUUAUAUUACAUCUUUUGCUUCCCAGAGUUUCUUUUUUUCUUUUUCUUUUUCUUUUUCUGGAGUAUCAUUGUUUAAUGCACCAUGUUUAGAGUUUCUAUUAAUCUAUCCUGGAUCUGAUGGGCGUUCCCAAGCUCUUCCCUUUA